UUUGGUGAAAAGUUGAAAAAUAUAAUUUAUAAUAAAAUAAAAUCUAUAUAAAAAUUACAAGUUAUAGUGAAAUUAAAAAUAGGUGUACGUACAUUAAGUUUUAAAAGAUCAAAAUAGCUUUAUAAUUUUUUCUUUUAUUACAUGCUAUACAUACUGCACAUAUUGGAUUGCAACUGUAUUGCAAAUAAAAUAGAGUUGGAGACGGUAUCAGUAAGCUGCUCAUGAGCAUUAUUCGUGAAGCUGCUGAACUUGAUCGUAUUACAGUUAAAAUACAUAAUAUGAAACGUAGUGCUUCUCGUGAUUCUCCAAAUAGAACAAGUCAUUCUUCACGUUCACGAUCACUAGCUAUGGGCCGUGGUGCAUACGAUAAUGGAGGUGGUGUGCCGGGGGAUUCUCCUGAACGCAUAUCUCCCGAUAGAUUAAGACGUAGGGUUGGACGCUCUCCAAGUCCCCGCGGUCGUUAUGGUGGCGCUUCACCACACCGCGAAGAGUAUAUACGGGGAGUACCACCUUCUGCAGAGAGGCCAACUUAUAAAGUUUUGUGCGUAAGUGCUUUGCACCCGAAGGCAUCAGAUGAAUUUAUAAAAGAGACAUUGUAUCGUGAAUAUAAGAAAUUUGGCGACUUUAGUAUUCGAAUUUCGCGCGAUUUGGACGAGAGAGUUGCAUAUGUAUGCUUUCGAACUGCUGAGGAUGCUCGAGAAGCAAAACAUCACAAACCUCGUAUUGUUCUCUACGAUAAGGUAGCGCUAGUGGAACCAGUGUAUGAAUCUUCUGGACGUAGUGAACAUAGGCCUCGUGGACGUUCAAUUUCUCCACCGGAAUAUGACCGUUAUCAUUACACUAGGGUGCCAGGUCCACCACCGGGGCCACCGGAACACCGUCGACCGCCUUUAGAUGCCUACGAUCGUUAUGGGCCUCCCCAUAUUCCCCCACAUCCUCAUACUCGCGAAUAUAGACCUAUUCAUCAUGAGUACCCGAUGCCACCAAGAGGUCCUCCAAUGCACCGCGGUCCUCCGCAUUUACACGGACCCCCACCACCUCACUAUGGUGGUCCACCACGUCAUAUGGGGCCAAGACCACAUGUACCGUAUGAAAAGCCAGAAAAUAAAAAGGAUAAAUUUCCCAAUUAUUUGCAUCAUGUCCAACCCGAGGAUGAUCCUCUAUCUACACGAACACUAUUCGCUGGAAAUUUGGAAGUGACAAUUGCAGACGAUGAACUUCGUCGCAUAUUCGGUAAAUAUGGAAUUGUGGAUGACAUUGAUAUCAAGAGACCUCCACCAGGCACUGGAAAUGCGUUUGCAUUUGUCAGAUAUCAGAAUUUAGAUAUGGCUCAUAGGGCUAAAUGCGAACUAUCUGGACAAUACAUUGGCAAAUUCCAAUGUAAAAUUGGUUACGGCAAAGUGACUCCAGCAACACGAAUUUGGAUUGGUGGUUUGGGUGCAUGGACAUCAGUUACGCAAUUAGAGCGGGAAUUUGAUAGAUUUGGUGCUAUUAAGAAAAUAGAGUACCAAAAGGGAGAUACUUGUGCGUACAUUCAGUAUGAGACCAUUGAAGCAGCAACGGCAGCAGUUAAGGAAAUGCGAGGAUUUCCUUUGGGCGGACCAGAAAGACGCUUGCGUACCGACUUCUCGGAAUUACCAGGUGUGACUCCUACAGCAGCUCCUUUUAAACCGAAAGCACCGUAUGAGGAAACUGCUGGCACUUCGAUUCCAUCCUCUGAAUACAGACGCCCGGAAUACGACUAUCACUAUGAAGAUACUCACCAUCACCAUCCUCCACACCAUCAUUAUGCACCACGCGGAGGAUAUGCUCCAUAUCCACCCCGUGGUUCAUAUCGCGGUCGUGGAGGAUAUCGUGGACGUGGUCGUGGCUCAUAUCACUACCACAAUGAUGUUCAUAGACCAGCACACCCAAGUGCGCACUCUUCAUCUGCUGCACCAGUUCCUCCUCCUGCCGGAGUUGAAGAUGAAUGGCGCCGACCUCCUGGAGAGCCCGGUUUCGAUAGAGGUCGUUCCGGUUCAAGAGAACUAAGGUCGGAUCGUUCACGGUCACGUUCGCCACACAAAAGAACCCACUCUCCAGGUUCAGAUUCAGAUUCAUCGCAGCAUCGCAAUGGCGGCUCAUUAGCUUCUGCGCGUACCUUACCGGAUGUCGCACGAAAAUGUACUGUAAUAUGGCAAGGUGCCCUUAUACUUAAGAGCUCUUUAUUCCCUGCCAAGUUUCACCUUACCGAUGGUGACACUGAUAUCGUCGAAUCGCUGAUGCGUGAUGAAGAUGGCAAGCAUAACUUACGUAUUACACAACGUUUGCGUUUGGACCCUCCAAAAUUGGAAGAUGUCCAAAAGCGUAUUAGUUCUUCGUCUUCACAUGCCAUUUUCCUGGGCUUGGCCGGCUCAACAUCCGUUGCGAACACCUCCGAAGACAGUUCGGUACAGACUAGGCCUCUUCGUAACUUAGUGUCGUAUCUUAAGCAAAAGGAAGCUGCUGGUGUUAUUUCUCUAUUGAACAAGGAAACCGAAGCAACUGGUGUGCUAUAUGCAUUCCCUCCUUGUGAUUUUUCAGCCGAUCUUUUGAAACGGACGUGUUCAACUGUAACUGAGGAAGCAUUCAAAGAGGAUCAUUUGGUAGUGGUCGUGGUUAGGGGCGGUACGGCUUAAGUGAAUCUAUUACAAAAUUUUAAUUAAGUUAAACUUCAAAAAAUUCAUCAACUUGAACAAAACAACAAACCAACAUGAAGACGAAAUCAUACUAUUAAAAGUUUUAUGAUCAUAUACAAGAAAUACAUAUACAUCCAUACUAUAUACAAAAAUAUAAUAAUACAUUUUUAGAGGUCUAUUUGCAGAAAAAAGCAGCAUUCUGUUACAAUUUAAUAUCCAAAAGGUUACUUAAUAUUUAACUAAUUUAAAAAUGAAAAUUCUAUUGUUCUUCAAAGAAAAAGAAAAACUAAAAUAACUGUGUUCCUAUACUUGUCGUAAUAUUUUCUUUAUUUGGUCAGAAUGCCAAAGGCAAAGCUUAAUAUUAUUAUGUAAAGACAUUUAGAGUUUGGACACAAAUCCAAAGUUCUGACUAUAACUUGUAAAUUUUACAAGUACGGGAACAGAGUUAAAAAAUGAAAAUAAAAAAUAUGUAAUUUGUGCCAAUUGUAAAAUCAAAAAGAAUUUUAGUUAUAUACUCGUAUGUACUUGAUUCCAAAACUAAAGCAGUUGUGCAUGCUUCCAAAAGCAAAGUGUAUGAAUACAAUUUUAUAUAAAUUUAAACAAUUCAAUGUGUUGUUCCCAAUAGAAAUCCACGAAAAAGCAUAAAUGUAUAAAUAUAUCAAUUAACUAUUUAAUUAAUAAUCCCAAGUAUUUUUUCAUAAAAAUGUUUUCAUUAGUUGAGUGGCAAAAAGUGGUAAAAUUAACAUAGACAAACAAAAAAAAUGGUGGUUCUUCUGAAAAUGUGCAUUUUUUUCAAAAAUAAUUAUUUUUUGUGUUCUUUUCAUUUUUGUGAGAAAAUGUUUUUUAUUAUUUUUUUUCAAAUGGGUAAUUUCUUAUUUAAAUGUUCAAAAGUGUUUUUUUAUAUAAUUGGCUAAAGUUCUACAUACUAGUAAAAAUGGUGUACAACGGGUGACUAGGUGACUACUGUGCUACAGAAAAUUCUUGUGUGGUCUGUUUUAUAAUAAUCAAAAUUUAAAUCGGGUGCUUAACAAACCUAUACUCUCUUUGUGUAAUUAUUUUCAAAAAUUAUUUCAAACUUAAUACAACAACAACAAUAAUAUUUAUUGUUUCAAAAAAGUGAUCACAAUGUGCUGUGUUUGUUCGCAUUUAACAACUUUAUAAAAGUACAGGCAAUUUUAAACGUACCUGCAGUCCUUGUGUAGUCUGUGGUUAUGGUUAUUUUAAAAAAAAGUUCAAAAUUUAUAGACUUUUGAAAUAUGUUUCAAGUAAUUAAUCUGUUCAAAAGUGAAGUGAAGGUCAACAAUGCAUGAUGACAGUUACAGUUUCCUUAUUUAUGACAAGUGAUGUUUUCUUUUAUAAAACUACCACUGUCCAACUUACAGUUCAGUUCAGUACUUUAUAAUUGGAAGUUUUUCAAUUUUAUAUAUUCCAAAGUGGUGUUGUUGCAGUGAGAAUCAUCUGUGGACAGAUUCAAUUUUUAACUAGUGUUUUUGUACUUCUUUUGUUUGCCUCGAUUCAAUUUUAUUUCUAUUUGCACAUCCUUAGAGAACUAGUUGUAGCAUUUGUUUGAAAAUUAUGUAAAAUUGAAAAGGGUUUUGCAAAUGUUACAGAGUUUUCUACAAGGUAUGCCCACCAAUAAAAAAUAAAAAAAAAAAA